UCAUGUCCUACUCCUAACACAAAGACAUCAUUCUCAAUUGCUAUGAGAGCCCAAAGGGGUUAAUGCUACUACUUGCUAGUAUGACUUGCUCGUAAAGGGUGAAAAUUAGUUUCAUGAAGUCUUUCAUCCAAAGUACUCGUUUCCUAAUUAAUGAAUCUGACAAGAGACUUUAGUAUCCCAAUUCAUAAAAAAGAACGAAACGACAUAACCUGAAAGUUAUCCAAUCCCGAUACACAUUUAUCCCCUCAUAUUAUGUCAUCCUCCUCUAAACCGAUCUUCCAUAUGCUGUCAUAUCAAAAAAGAUCUUGAACUCCCGUUAAACUUCUCCAUAUCUAACUUGAACUUCCAUUCGCCACUAACGAAUUUAGCUUGGAUUACCGAGUAAUGAUUAAAACUAUAAUUAGCUGCAACACCAAAUGAUCACACACUAAUGACAUGAUUACAUAGCUUUAAUAGUUCAAUUAAAUUUUAACACUGACGGGAACACUGAGACUGAGACCAGUGACGGUGAAGCACAUUUUCCUGACUGGCUUCCUCUGCCAAUCCGCGUCUGCCUGAAAAAAAAAAAAAAAAAAAGAGAAAUUAGAAAAGAGAAGACAACGAAUUGGAAGCGGAAAAAUAGGAAAAGGGAAAAUUAGUUAGUCCCAUUUCUUCACUAAUACUAGCCUCGAUCUUCUUCCCCAACGAGCUUCGAUCAUUUUCCCUCCAACAAUGGCGCGUAGAUCGCUUUCCGCCAGUCUCCUCCACUUCCUCUUCGUCUUCGCUCUCUUCCACACUCUCGCGCUCUCCAAAACCCUCAAACGCGACGUGAAGGCGUUGAACGAGAUCAAGUCGUCGCUCGGGUGGAGAGUGGUGUACGCUUGGGUGGGAGACGAUCCAUGCGGCGGCGACGGCCUCCAGCCUUGGUCCGGCGUUACUUGCUCCACUCAAGGAGACUACAGAGUCGUUACCGAAUUGGAAGUGUAUGCAGUGUCGAUCGUUGGUCCGUUUCCUACCGCCGUGACCAAUCUGUUGGAUCUCACCAGAUUGGAUUUCCAUAACAACAAGCUGACAGGGCCGAUCCCUCCACAGAUUGGAAGAUUGAAGCGUCUCAAGAUACUGAACUUGAGGUGGAACAAAUUGCAAGAUUCCAUUCCUCCUGAAAUUGGUGAACUUAAGAGUUUGACACACUUGUAUUUGAGCUUCAAUAACUUCAAAGGAGAGAUUCCGAGGGAGCUGGCUAAUCUCCCUGAGCUCCGGUACCUUUACUUGCAAGAGAAUCGGUUUAUUGGGCGAAUUCCUGCAGAAUUGGGAACCUUGCAGAAUCUUCGUCACUUGGAUGUUGGCAACAAUCAUUUGGUGGGCACCAUCAGGGAACUAAUACGUAUUGAGGGUUGCUUCCCUGCCCUUCGCAACCUCUAUCUGAACAACAAUUACCUGACUGGAGGAGUCCCUGCACAGCUUGCUAACUUGACAAACUUGGAGAUCUUGCACCUGUCCUCCAAUAAAAUGACUGGAGUAAUACCUGUUGGACUUGCUCACAUUCCGAAAUUGACCUACCUGUACCUGGAUCACAAUCAAUUCACAGGAAGAAUUCCUGAAGCCUUCUAUAGACAUCCAUUCUUGAAAGAAAUGUACAUCGAAGGAAGCUCGUUCAAGCCCGGUGUAAACCCGAUAGGCAUGCACAAAGUCUUUGAAGUAUCUGAUGCAGAUUUUGUAGUUUAGAAAUCCAGCCAUUAUUGAAUUCAUUUCUUUACCCACUUGUUUCCCCCCUCUUGUUACAAGCCUAUACAUAGAGAGAGCUAAAAAAUGGAAUGUCAUGUAUGAAAAAUUCAUGAUCAUCCCAAUGUAGACUUCGCACUAAAUCAGUCUUCAGAGGCCACAAUGUUGA